GGGGCGGGAUCUGUUGCUUAGGGUGACGGAAGUGGAGCGGCGUUCGCCUGCGCGGGCUUUUUGGAAGUUAGUGGCGGUGGCGAUCCUGAGGUGGCUUUGCAGAGGGCCUUGCGCGUUGCCCAGUUCCCUGAUAUGAGCAAGAAUGGACCAGAAAAUUUUAUCUCUAGCAGCAGAAAAAACAGCAGACAAACUGCAAGAAUUUCUUCAAACCCUAAAAGAAGAUGAUUUGACUAAUCUCCUUCAGAAUCAAGCAGUGAAAGGAAAAGCUGCUGGAGCACUCCUAAGAGCCAUCUUCAAAGGUUCCCCCUGCUCUGAGGAGGCUGGAACUCUUAGGAGACGAAAGAUGUACACUUGUUGUAUCCACUUGGUGGAAUCAGGGGAUUUGCAGAAAGAAGUAGCAUCUGAGAUCAUAGGAUUACUAAUGCUGGAGGCUCACCAUUUUCCAGGACCAUUUUUGGUUGAAUUAGCCAAUGAGUUUGUUAGUGCUGUCAAAGAAGGCGGUCUAGUAAAUGGAAAAUCUCUGGAGUUAUUGCCUAUUAUUCUCACUGCCUUAACCACCAAAAAGGGAAAUAUGGCUUGUGCAAAAGGUGAACUGAGUGGGGAAGAAUGUAAGAAGCAAUUGAUUAACACCCUCUGUUCUGGCAGAUGGGAUCAGCAAUAUGUAAUCCAACUCACCUCCAUGUUCAAGGAUGUUCCUCUGACUGCAGAAGAGGUGGAAUUUGUAGUGGAAAAGGUGUUGAGGAUGUUCUCCAAGGUGAAUCUUCAAGAAAUACCACCUUUGGUCUAUCAGCUUCUGGUUCUCUCUUCAAAGGGAAGCAGAAAGAGUGUGUUGGAAGGGAUCAUAGCCUUCUUCAAUGAGCUAGAUAAGCAGCAUGCUGCGGAACAGAGUGGUGAUGAGCUGUUGGAUCUUGUUACCGUGCCAUCAGGUGAACUUCGUCAUGUGGAAGGCACCAUCAUUCUACACUUUGUGUUUGCCAUCAAAUUGGACUAUGAACUAGGCAGAGAACUCCUGAAACACUUAAAGGCAGGACAGCAAGGAGAUUUCAGUAAUAACUUAUGUCCCUUCAGCAUUGCUCUUCUUCUCUCUUUAACAAGAAUACGAAGAUUUGAGGAACAGGUGUUUGAUCUGUUAAAGAUUUCGAUUGUGAAGAGCUUUAAGGAUCUUCAGCUCCUACAAGGCUCAAAAUUUCUUCAGAAUCUAGUUCUUCAUAGACCUUGUGUUUCAGUCAUGAUCUUGGAAGUGGUGAAGAAUAGUGUUCAUAGUUGGGAUCAUGUUACUCAGGGCCUCGUAGAACUUGGUUUCAUUUUAAUGGAUUCAUAUGGGCCAAAGAAGAUUCUUGAUGGGAAAACUGUUGAAACCAGCUUAGGUCUUUCUAGAAUGCCAAACCAGCAUGCGUGUAAGCUGGGAGCUGAUAUCCUGUUGGAAACUUUUAAGAUCCAUGAGAUGAUCAGACAAGAAAUUCUGGAGCGAGUCCUCAACAGGGUUGUUACCAGGGCAUCUUCUCCCAUCAGCCAUUUCUUAGACCUGCUUUCAAAUAUCGUCAUGUAUGCACCCUUAGUUCUUCAGAGCUGCUCUUCUAAAGUCACAGAAACUUUUGACUAUUUGUCUUUUCUGCCCCUUCAGACUGUACAAGGGCUGCUUAAGGCAGUGCAGCCCCUUCUCAAAGUCAGCAUGUCAAUGAGAGACUCCCUGAUACUUGUCCUUCGCAAAGCUAUGUUUGCCAGCCAGCUUGAUGCCCGAAAGUCUGCAGUUGCUGGUUUUUUGCUGCUUCUGAAGAACUUUAAAGUUUUAGGCAGUCUGUCAUCCUCUCAGUGCAGUCAAUCUAUUGGUGUCAGUCAGGUUCACGUAGAUAUUCACAGUCGUUACAAUUCUGUUGCCAAUGAAACUUUUUGCCUUGAGAUCAUGGAUAGUUUGAGGAGAUGCUUAGGUCAGCAGGCUGAUGUUCGACUCAUGCUUUAUGAGGGGUUCUAUGAUGUUCUUCGAAGGAACUCUCAGCUGGCUAAUUCAAUCAUGCAGACUCUGCUCUCACAGUUAAAACAAUUCUAUGAACCAAAACCUGAUCUGCUGCCUCCUCUGAAAUUAGAAGCUUGUAUUCUGACCCAAGGAGAUCAUAUCUCUCUAGAAGAACCACUGGAUUAUCUGCUGUGUUGUAUUCAGCAUUGUUUGGCCUGGUAUAAGAGUAGAGUGGUGCCCCUACAGCAAGGAGAGGAGGAAGAAGAAGAAGAGGCAUUCUACCAAGACCUAGAUGAUAUGUUGGAGUCUAUUACUAGUAGAAUGAUUAAGAGUGAGCUAGAAGACUUUGAACUGGAUAAAUCAGCAGAUUUUUCUCAGAGCACUAGUAUUGGCAUAAAAAAUAAUAUCUGUGCUUUUCUUGUGAUGGGAAUUUGUGAAGUUCUAAUAGAAUAUAAUUUCUCCAUAAGUAAUUUCAGUAAGAAUAAGUUUGAAGAGGUUCUCAGCUUAUUUAUGUGUUACAAGAAACUCUCUGACAUCCUUAAUGAAAAAGCUGGUAAAGGCAAAACUAAAAUGGCAAACAAAACAAAUGAUAGUUUUUUGUCCAUGAAAUUUGUGUCUGAUCUUCUCACUGCUCUUUUCAGGGACAGUACCCAAAGCCACGAAGAGAGCCUUUCUGUUCUCAGGUCCAGCAAUGAGUUUAUGCGCUAUGCAGUGAAUGUAGCUCUGCAGAAGGUGCAGCAGCUAAAGGAAAGAGGGCACGUUAGUGGCCCUGACGGCCAAAACCCAGAAAAGAUCUUUUACAACCUCUGUGACAUAACUCGGGUCUUGCUAUGGAGAUAUACUUCAAUUCCUACUUCAGUGGAAGAGUCGGGAAAGAAAGAGAAAGGAAAGAGCAUCUCACUGCUGUGCUUGGAGGGUUUACAGAAGAUAUUCAGUGCUGUGCAACAGUUCUAUCAGCCCAAGAUUCAGCAGUUUCUCAGGGCUCUGGAUGUCACAGAUAAUGAAGACAGAGAAGAAGAUGUAGCUGUCGGUGUCACGCAAAGAGCAGCAUUCCAGAUCCGGCAGUUUCAGAGGUCCUUGUUGAAUUUACUUAGCAGCCAAGAGGAAGAUUUUAAUAGCAAAGAAGCCUACUUACUAGUCACUGUUCUUACCAGUUUGUCCAAGCUACUGGAGCCCUCCUCUCCUCAGUUUGUGCAGAUGUUAUCCUGGACAUCUAAGAUUUGCAAGGAAAACAGCCGGGAGGAUGCCUUGUUUUGCAAGAGCUUGAUGAACUUGCUCUUCAGCCUGCAUGUUUUGUAUAAGAGUCCUGUCACUCUGCUGCGUGACUUGUCCCAGGAUAUCCAUGGGCAUCUAGGAGACAUAGACCGGGAUGUGGAAGUGGAGAAAACAAAUCACUUUGCAAUGGUGAAUUUGAGAACAGCUGCUCCUACUGUUUGUUUACUUGUUCUGAGUCAGGCCGAGAAGGUCCUAGAAGAAGUGGAUUGGCUAAUCACCAAGCUUAAGGGACAAGUGAGCCAAGAAACUCUAUCAGAAGAGGCCUCUUCUCAGGCAACCGCAUCAAGUCAUCCUGCUGAGAAAGCCAUCAUCAUGCAACUGGGAACUUUGCUUACAUUUUUCCAUGAGCUGGUACAGACAGCUCUGCCAUCAGGCAGCUGUGUGGACACCUUGUUAAAGGACCUGUGCAAAAUGUACACCAUCCUUACAGCACUUGUCAGAUAUUAUCUCCAGGUGUGUCGGAGCUCUGGCAGAAUUCCAAAAAAUAUGGAAAAGCUGGUGAAGCUGUCUGGUUCUCAUCUCACCCCCUUGUGUUAUUCUUUCAUUUCUUACGUACAGAAUAAGAAGAGUCAGGGCCUGAAAUACACAGGAGAGAAGAAAAAGGAGAAAACUGCUGCUGUUGCUACAGCCAUGGCCAGAGUUCUUCGAGAAACCAAGCCAAUCCCUAACCUCAUCUUUGCCAUUGAACAGUAUGAAAAAUUUCUCAUCCACCUUUCUAAGAAGUCCAAGGUAAACCUGAUGCAGCACAUAAAGCUCAGUACCUCACGAGACUUCAAGAUCAAAGGAAACAUCCUGGACAUGGUGCUUCGAGAGGAUGGGGAGGAUGAAAAUGAAGAGGACACUGCAUCAGAGCAUGGGGGACAGACCAAAGAACCAGCCAAGAAGAAAAGGAAAGCACAAAUGAAAUGCCUGAGUUAAUGUGAACUUUGGGGCUUCUGCUUUCUUUUUACCCAAUAAGCAACAAUGCCCCUUGCCCUAUGCCUACACCGAUGUUGGCAUCUUGGUUCUGAGCCCAUUGAAUUCAACUGCACCUUCAGUUAGAAGGAAUCUUCUCAGCAGGUCCUGCUACUGAAAAAUGGCUGGCCUUUUACAAAAAGCACAGCUGAAAGCCUGAGUUUGGGAGCCUGCACCGCCCCGAUGAAGCUCCACAGGAGCAAAUACAGAGCCUCCAGGCAGAGCUAUGGUCCAAGCUGGCUUCAUUUUUCCAAGGAGCCUUUGGUGAGUUCAAUUAUCUGGUAAAUAUCCAGCGCUUCACCUGAAAGAUAGUGCAAACUCGUUAGGAUGCCUCCUCAAGAACUAUAACGGAGAGCUCAGAAGUGAGAAAAGAAACUUAAUGUAUAUGUCAAAAAGGAGGGUGAAAGGGUUGAGGAUAGAUUGCCAGGAACAGUAAUGUAACAUGUUAGGAGGGUCUGUUUUCUUUUUGUAUAAAAGAAGUUUAUCUUAGAUACAUUUUAAAUGGAAAAUAAGCUUUCUGAUUUACUCAUCUUGGCAUUUAAAGCACAGGUUUGUUUUUUGGUUUUGUUUGUUUUACCUAAGAAUGCACUUUGACUUUAUACAAUAAAUCCUCUUUAAACA